AGAUCAAUUCAUACCACCAUAACAAAAUCUUUUAACAUAAUAACAGUUGUAAGAGUUAGAAAUUUUAAGAGUAUGUCAGGAGUGAAGUUGCUUGGACAUAGUGGGAGCCCUUUUAGUCGCAGAAUUGAAUGGGCUCUGAAUAUUAAGGGCAUAGUAUAUGAGUUGAUAGAAGAAGAUUUACAGAACAAGAGCCCUCUGCUUCUUCAAUCAAACCCUAUUCAUAAGAAAAUCCCAGUGUUGUUGCACAAUGGCAAGCCCAUUGCUGAGUCACUUGUAAUUGUUGAAUAUAUUGAUGAGACCUUUGAUGGCCCUUCCAUUUUGCCUAAAGACCCUUAUGACAGAGCAGUCGCACGUUUCUGGGCUAAGUUCCUCGAUGAGAAGUGCUUGCCAGCAGUGUGGAAAGCUUUGUGGAGCAAAGGAGAGGAGCAAGAGAAAGAUAAAGAGGAAGCUUAUGAGGUGCUUAAAGUUCUAGACAAUGAACUCAAGGACAAGAAGUUCUUUGGCGGAGAAAAAUUUGGAUUUGUUGACAUAGCAGCCAAUUUUGUCGGAUUUUGGAUAGGAAUUGUUGAAGAAGCUACUGGAGUAGUGUUAGUGACUAGUGAAAAGUUUCCCCAUUUUUGUACGUGGAGAGAGGAGUACCUUAACUGCAGCCAAGUCAAGGAAAAUAUGCCUAAUAGGGAAAUGUUGCUUGGUUAUUUCAAAGGUCGAGUCCUAGCUGCCACUCCUCCCAAAUGAAUAUCUCAAGCCAACUAUGAAAUUUCAACAUCUUUUUGUGGGAAUAAAUCUAGCUAGCUUUCUAGAAAUGAGACUUGUCAUAGGAAAAAUAAAGCUUUCUCAAAUUAGUGAUGUACUUGUUUUCCUUUUUUCAAAAUCCUUUUAUAUUGUUAUAAUUUACGUAUUGUAAGAAUAAACUGUUCUUGAUCGUGUCUUUUAUGGAUUGAUGUUGAGAUCGA